AUCUUCUUUCCCCUUGAGAGUUUGAGUUAAUUUCCUUGACGGUAUUUCCUGUGCAUAACGAUAUGCUUUUCUUCAGCAAGGCUUGACAGUAGUCUGUAAUUAGAAGUAUUGUGAUUAUGCCAAAGCGGAUGGAUGGCAACGACCACUUUCUUUCGGAGCAGCAUCGUUUCUUUCCAAGACUUCUAACCAGUUUUAGCUGAAUGGGGGAAGCGUCAUUAUAAGUUCCAAGUUCGGUAGACCACCACUCGAUAAGGCGGUGUUCACUCUGGUAUGUAGUUUCACUCUAAUUAGAGCGGAAUCAGGAGCUCUCUUAGUGUCAUGUUCGUUUAAAAACUACAGUGAGAUUCUAGUUUGGCUUUAUAGCAUGUACCUAAUACUUUAUAUUUUCACAGACCAGUCUAUGUUUAUGAAUGUUUAAGUAUAUUCGAUUAUUUUUUUCUUUAAUGCGUUUUUCACCUCACUACGUCUCUCUGUCUUGCGCGAUUUUGAAAUGAUCACUCACCUUAUAUAAUAAUAAUUCAUUUAUUUAUCAGAUAAUAAUAAUCCAUGAAUGAAAAGAAAAGAAAAUAAGCAAAGAAUAAUAACAGAAAUGAAAUUGAAUUUAUUUUUAUAUACCAAUAGCCAGUGUUCUAUAAAAUGAAAUAAAAUAUUAACGCUGCAUUCUUUAACACUCGUCGCUGCCGGGUAAUUGCCCUCAUCUACCGUACGAUAUGAAGUCUAAAGGAUAAGACGCCCAGUGUAUGAAUAUAGGAUUACGAUGUGCUCUCCAAUGCCCACAGAUCACAAUAUAAACACCGUAAUGUUAAUUUUACGUACCUACUUAAGAUAAACAAGUUUAGUAGCAGUAUAGUUUCUAUGAUAAUAAUUAAACUAGCAUGAGGAUCUAAUGCAAUACGUAACUAAUAGAAUAAAAUAAUAACCGUUAUAACACAAGAUGUGUAGGUUAAGAUGAUGUGUAAGUAGAAUAGGACGACAGUCCGUUUCCAAGCAGAGUAUGUAUGGCAUAGAUAGAGCGCAAAAAACUAAAGCGAGAAAGUCGCAAGCUGUUAAAUCUUAUUAAUGUCUUAAGUGCCCGCCUAUUGGACAUACCAUAAAUCACAAUAUUUAAAAAAAACAUCGAAUCUAAUCCUCUUUAGUGUUUUGUUUCGUUCGUUCAAUUUAGACGCUGGUUGACAAUCCAAAUGCGAAAGAAAAACAUAUCGCGCUGUCAGUAUUUAAAAGUUAGAGUAUAAUGAAUUGAGUGAAGAAUGGGCAUUAGCUGAUUGCGAAGGCGAGGGCUGGUGGCGCGAAGUCCGAGAUCCGAACAGCAAGAUGGACGUCCGCUACGCCGGCUCGGCCCCGGUCGAGCGAGCCGCUUCAGCCCCCGCCACCGUUAUUGGUGUACGCACCGCCUUACAGUCUGCCAAAACCCUGAAGAAGAAACCUCAAAAAGUUAACGUCGACAUCAACAUAAAAGGAAUCAUUGUGACUGACGCCGAAACAGAGAAUAACGUAUUAGCGGUUUCCAUUUACAGCAUCUCGUACUGUUCGGCUGACGUGGCGAAUUCUCGAGUUUUCGCUGUUGUGGAGGGAGCGAAGGGAAAUGAUGAGAACGAUUCACAUAUCGUCCAUGUGUUCGUUUGCUCUCAAAGGAAACAAGCACGCGCUCUCGCUCUGUCCUUGGCACACGCUUUCAAUGACGCGUAUCAGUUAUGGCAAGCUAAUCAGGCUGGCUCUAUGAAUUCAAACGCGAAACGGACAGCACCUUGGGUCCGAUUCCAGGAAGAAUCAGACGAAGAGAUUGACGAAGAAGAUUGGCAGUCACCGGCUCCGCUUGUCACUUUCGCCUGAAUCUCCUAAUGAUUUCCCAAUGCGCUUUGAAUCAUUAUCUUAUUGUUUUUAAUAUAUACAUUAGCCAUCAUAGCUUCAUUGUGUUUAGUUAAGGUAAUACAGAAUUAGGAAGUUUAGAAUUUUAGAAGAUUUAGAUGUGUAAUUAUGAAGCUUUCAGUGUGCUUCUUUGAACUUUAGGCUAUGAUACGAAUAUACAACACAAAUGAGAUUCAGGUAUGUUUCAAGGUGGGCAGUGGCGUUUGAGUUGAGAUGGGAAGUGCGUCGUGAUUUUGGGCUCCGGUUCUCACUUAACUCCUCCUUAUGGGCUGUCGCUCGUUUGCUCAUAAAAAUGUCUCUUUCAGUGUGCUCCUAGUGUGAGGUUUUUAAUUUCUCGAUCGCAAAGUUAACUCAAAUUUGUAUGGAGUUGGAACAGCGCCCCUAGCGGCAAAACUCGCACUAAGCACACUGAUUCGCUUUUAACGCAUUCACGACUUUACUGGCGAUUGGGAUCGCGGUUUCAACGAAGAAAUUAAUAACUCAACUCUUUUAGAAAUAUGAUAAAGAUAAUAUUUUUAAGUGAUUUUAUGACCUGGUAACUAAGACCUUUAAGUCAUGUCUUAUUUUAAUUUAUAUUCUUAUUUUUAUGAAAAAUGAUAAUAUGGAGUGAAAUGAAAUGAAAAUGAUUAAUUUGAGACGUUAAUCAACUGGGAUGAAAUUAAAUGAAAUGCGAUGAUAUGGAAUGAAAUAUAAUUAGUAAAAUGGUGGUCAUUUACUAAGAUUUUUUCAGUUGACUUUUUGGAGGAUCCCGAGAAGUUGCGUCCAGCGGUUUUGUUUCAUUUUCCCACAUUUGUGCACUUUCACAGAUAUUAAACAGUUAAUAAACCACAGUUAUUACACAUUUAAACCUGAAGAAACACUAAAUAGACAAAAUAAAACAAAUCGCACAAUUUCACUCCUCGCGUUCCCGCCAAAAAGUCCGAUAAAGAUAAUAGGGCAUAUUGAAACACAGAUUAUUUAAAAAACAUUAUUUCCUAUUUUACUUCUACAUAUUUGUCUAUGAUAUUUUAAUGUUGCUAGAUUUAUAAAAUUAUUAAAUGUAUUCGAAUCAAUUCAAAAUAAAAACAAUGAAAAUCUUUUUACUUAGUAGAGAUGGUUACAGUAUGAAUUUAAGCACUUUACAUACUUAUAUUAAGGGAUUGUCAGAAAGUAGUCAAAUUUAAUUUUGAUGAAAGAACCAUUCGUUCGAUGUACUCUAUUUAUUUGUUAUAUAAAUAUGAGGAGGGUAUAUUUAGGUUAGUGUUAAGUAAAUUUAUUUGUAAAGUUAAUUUAAUUUCGUACUGACGAAGAUUACAAAAUGUAGAUCUAAUUCGACUGAUGCUCCAAAAUAAAUUUUUCAAUUAUGUAAUAA